UUGAAAGCGUCGGUUCGUAAAUACGGAUAAGUUAAGACCAAACGUUGUGUUUUUAAUCGGCAAGAUAUCAAUACAAGUGACGAAAAGAGCAGGUGUUUUGGACUGUGAUUUGAAGGUAUUUUUUUUAACUUUAAAAUGAUACCUGACUCGAGAAAAUUGCAAGUUGCGUACCCCCUAAAAUUUCCAAAAUGGAGAGCUCGCAUUUGGAAGAGGGACGCCACCGAAGUCUUUGUUUCUUUUAAUCAUAAACAAACAGCGGGAGGGCAGUUAAACGACAUUAAACAUAUUUCUUCCAUCGUAACAAAUUUUUUUGGGGGGUUACAAUGAUAUACGACUCCACAAAGUCGGAGGUUUUGCACGGGAAUUGUUCACUUUGUAAAAUAGAAACUGGGGACGCUGGAAAAUGGCGGAGAACGCAGGGCUUAUUUUCCGGCGUAAAUCGGGGUCAAGCAGUUGAAUUCCAUAAAAUAAUUUUUUUUUUGCAUAAAAAGCGUUAUUGGGGGUUUUCAGUGGUAAUGGACUCCGGUCCAAUCAGAUGAUUCGGUUCAUAGAUUGAGAUUUAUUCCUUGACCACUGGGAUCCCGACAAUUUAAUAAAACAGAAGGGAAUGAAAUGUGCCGGUUACAACGUUCGUUUAAUUCCCCAGUGUGAAUAUUCUAUUCGACAAGAGAAAAUAGUCGACAGGAUAGAAUUCCGCGAAAUGAGGUAGAAGUGUUUAUUUACUUUGGUGUCCGUGUGCGAGGCCCUGCGGGAUAAGUAUUGGUCCCUCACUGUUCUCAGUCUUUGUUUGGCAAUCGGGAUGUGCAGUUCGUGUCGUGUGAUUCUAAACGAAGUGAAGUACUUUUUAUUGUGUAAAAAGUGUUGUGGGUGUGUGUGUGUGUGUUUGAUCGAGGAUUAUUACUCAUCGGAGGCGAGGAGAACCGCUGGAGAACAUGCCGGAUGCCGGUGGAGGUGAAAAGGAUUGGGGUUAGCAGCCAUGGCCUUCCUCAACACAACCGAGCUCCAGCCUCACUUUCGCGCACCCAUCGCACUCCUCGAAGACGUCGAUAGAUCGUGAUCGACCUUGGAAUGGGGUGCUAGGUCCGAUCAGGAAGGCACCGCAGGCGGUGAGGACCUCGACUUGAUGAUGCAUCGAUCGACGAAUCGGGGGCUCGAGUCCACGGCCAAAGUCGAGGAGUCGCGUCGAACAAAGUGACGCUGAAUUCCACGGAAAAGAUGAUUGGGAAGGAGACAGGAAAUGACGGGUGCAAUAAGACUCCUGAUUUAAUUUCCAUUUUUAUGGUCCACCUGCACGUGCGUUCUGGAUCGAGACCAUGUCGAAAUGUCACGCAGAGAGGGAAAAAAUACUGGAAAAAAUGCUGGAAGAAACGGUUCCUCAUCGAUCGUUCUUUCGAUCCUCCUGAAGACUCAAAUAAUCUGAGGCGUCCUGAGGCCCUGUGAUGAGUGGCUAUCUCGGCACUCUCUCCCCGUUCGAUCACGACUCAAAGUACCCACCAGCAGCGAUGCGGGAGAAGGACUCGAGCCCUCGAAAAAUGCCAGGCCACAUAAGCCCAAAACAGGCGAGCAUUUAUCCCCUGAGUGUCCGUGUAACGGAUCCCGAAGAAUUACCGUACGACCUUAGCCAUGGAAAUUCCCGCAGCAGCCCAUCCCUCCUGAGCCAACAGCCGCACAUGAGUCCAGCAGCAAGACCACCCCAAUCCCACCAGGAACAAGAGAGCAAUGACUGCGAGCCCCUGGAUCUGCGUGUCGAUCACAAGAAGGAGCAUCUCCGUGAUGAAAAUCAGAAUGACAUCGAGGUGCUCAAUCAGAAUGGUCUGGGAUUACCCUAUCACACUGUCCUCUUUCCCCAGCAUCAUGCAGUCCAUCCUCUGGUACUGGAAGCCAUGUACAGAUCCCACCAUCAGCCACCCAUCAAUGAACUACCAAAAAUUCAGGUGCGAGCACUGCCAACAAUGGUGCCACUACCCACCAAUCGUUUCUCCACAACAUCAACAUCAUCAACGUCAUCACAGAGACCCUCGAGUCCAGUACCUAGCCAACAGAGCCCAGUUCCCAAUGCCCCAACACCUCAGCCAUCAGCGAGUCUUCCAACUUAUUCGGUGUCAGUGUCCAGUGGUAUGAAACCCAAGGACCGUUACUCCUGCAAGUUCUGUGGAAAGGUCUUCCCCAGGUCGGCAAAUCUCACUCGACAUUUACGCACUCACACAGGCGAACAGCCCUACAAGUGUAAAUACUGCGAGAGAUCCUUCAGCAUCUCCAGCAAUCUUCAGAGACACGUCAGGAAUAUUCACAAUAAGGAGAAGCCCUUCAAGUGUCCACUCUGCGAGAGGUGUUUUGGACAGCAAACGAAUCUUGAUAGACAUCUGAAGAAACACGACUCAGAUGGGCCUACGAUACUUGACGAGGUACGCUCCAGAUAUCAUGGACAGCUCCCAAGGGCUGAUGAAUCGUACUUCGAGGAGAUCAGGAGUUUCAUGGGGAAGAUUACGUCUCAGAGACAGGGGAUACCGUAUUUUCCGGGACUUUUGGGACCAUCUGCUGAUGACUUCAGGAGUGACAAGCAGCAACUGCAGAUGGAGGAGAAGAGAGGCGACUCUUCGUACUUCAGCGAUCGGGAUAAUCUCAGCAGCAGGUCGAGCAGCAGUGCCAGCAGGGCGGAGAGUGUUCACGAGGAUCAGAGGGAGAGUAACACCCCUCCAUCACCUGGCAACAAUACCUGAAGGGUUUUAUACUAGAUUUUUGUAUCAUGAGUUACCGAUUUGAAUUCUGUGAUGGAUUUGAGAGAGGACAAUUGUGAGACUCCCUGGCCAGCAGAUGCUGGCGUUCAGGGAUAUCAUCUCUUUAUGACACUCGGCGGAAUGUCGGUGUAUAAAAAUGAAAUAUUUAAUCGCAUAAAAUUAUGAGCGGUGAAAGUGAGAAUGUUGUGCGAUAAAAAAAAAAAAAUCUUUCUUUCGAAUAGUCGAAAAGCAUUUAGUUCAGCACGAGCAUCGGGUAAUCUCGUAAUCGCUUCAUUUUUUUCUCUCUCUCUCGUCUUAUUUCGUCAGAAAAACGAGAAAGGUAUUCGUGGAAAAUGUGGUAGAAAUACAGGUGGAUAACGUUGCAACAGAUGGUGAAGGAAAAUAAAAAAAGUGGUAUCGGUGGGUAAAAUUGGUCCAUUCGUUCCGGUAGGAAGUGGACGGGUUGACGAUGGAUUUUACGACCUAGAAAGUGAAUUCAGAGGCAGAUAAGGGGGAUAGCUUCACUGCUAAUACACUCAGAUAGGUUUGUCGAUCGAGUCGAUAAACCCUAGUUGGUGAAAAGGAUUAGAAAUCGAAUGGGCGUUCACCGUCGACACCUCACUCAAUGAACCGAACAUUUGCGAAUGGGAAGGAUCCAAUUAAAUAUGAAAUACUCCAAUUAAAUGUUGGAAAAUAUUACGAGAGAGGGAGAGGUUGUCAAUACUUGCCAAUACUUCAAGUACAAAAUGUUUUUUUGUCAUUCAAUUUCCAAUAUUUUUCCGUGAAAAUUCAGGACCAGAGCCGGGAAUUUUCCCUUCACCAUUUCAUGACAGAUAGCUCCAACAAGUCCACCAAAAAUGCAGUUGGCUUCAUCUCGCGUGCCUCCCCCAACAAAAAAUCAUAAAUUACAAUCCAACAAACCUCCCUCCUCCCUCGGGCUGAAAGGGAAGGGAGGGGAGGAAUAUUAUAGUUGCAAUUCUGGAAGGCGUGCAUACAACCAUGGUGUCGGUGAAGUACACAUAAAAGUAAGAGAGGAAAUGGCGCGAUCGUGGGAAGGAGGAUGAAACGUGCCUGGAAGAUAUUACCGUGGUAUUUCCAAGUCAAAGUGAAGGAAAAACGAGAGAUAUGAAAAUUGUAACGGACUUCGUAGUCUAUUUUUUCAUCCCAUUUCAUUUUUAUUUUUCGCUCAACAUUUCUCUCAUUUUUUUCUCUCUCUCUCUCUCUCUCCGCGAAACGGGAUGAACGCAGCAUCCGCGCCUACUUAUGCACACGAAAGUGGCAAUCGAGGCAUUUCCUCUCCCCCAUUGAGCCCAGUGGCAACUUUAUGCUUGUACUCGAGUAGAAGUGAAGUGAUAUGGCCUCAACUGCCAAGUAUAAACUCUCUACGACGAUUUAAUCGGAGCGCGUAUGUAUCCGACUUCUUUUUCCGCUGCAACCCUUCUCUCCAGGAGCUCAAACUUUCUAACUGAUGGGGGAGACUCUGCACGUCACUCUCAGCCAUCUCAGUUUAUUUAUGCAAAAUGAUGCUCAAAUGAUCCCCGCCUUGGCAAGCAUCAAUUGAAGGUUUUUUUCACAUUUUUUCUUUUGUCGUUGACUAAUAUCGUUUGUAAUUCUGUUUUUAAGAGAAUUUUGACUCGGCAAUUUUUUUUCUCUUCUCUCCUGGUGAUGCACAUACGCGUUUGAAAGUGCCGGCCUCGGUCUGCUCUUGCGUUACAGUUGCUGCCACGCCCCAGCAUCUCCCAUGCUCAUCUCGGGAAAGUGAAACGCAAUAAACGCGAGACCUGGGUUAUACGACACAUGUUGAUUGAUACUUCGGUGGUACCGGGGGUUAAUUCAUCACCUCUACUCUCCCUCGCGAGCAAAUUGCCGUUAUGUGGGGAUCGUUAAAGUGCAGAGUACAUAAGGUAUUAUCAAAAUUUUAUUUUUUCGAUAAAUGAAAAUUAGCUUUGAUGAAGAAACAGCGGAGGAAAGGAAGGGGAGGGGGGAGGAGAAUGAGAUAUUUAGGGGAUAGUGUUGGACAAUACUGGGAAUCAUUGGAAUUUCAUGAAUAGAUCACUUGUUAUUCGCAGAUGAAUUGCAUUGAAUUGAUACAGGCGGAGAAAAAUGGGGAAAUUGGAAAUUUUACGCAAUAGUCGAACAAUUUUUCAAUUAUUCCUUGGCAUUGAACUAGGAUUUACAGUUCCCAUUGAUUUUUCAUCGAUAUUUCUGUGAAGAAAUUCCGGAAAAAUUCAAUGCAACUGAUAAAAUAUAAAGUUUGUAAUUUCCUGGUACUUUCCAUGAAAGCAUGAAUUUUUCCAUAAAAAAUUUAAAUAAAAAAAUUCCUCUUUCUUUCACAAUUUGUCUUGAAUUUGUUUUUGCUAUUUUUAAAUUUUCUCGGCCAUUUCACUUUUUUAUGCUCUCGAAUCAAAAUUUUAGCUGUCCUAUUCAUGAAAUACUAGCACGUCUCGUCGAGCUCGUAAUUCUAUAUUUUUUUCCUCCCGGAAUAAAGAUUUUUUUUUUUUCGCUCCCGUUUCACUUGAUUUCUCCGCGACUCUUUAAUACCGCACAACAUUUGAGAGCGUUAGAUCACACGGUAAAAAAUGAGAAAAGUUUUUUUUUUAUUAUUUACGCCGCACGUACCUAAGCAAAUUUCAAACAUUCUUCGUACUUACGAUUUUGUAAAUAACGAGAAUCACAGGAUUGAUAUAAAUAAUAUAUAUGAAGAGUUUUAUGUCUCGAGUUUAAUGUAAAAAAGAAAUUUGUUAAUAUAUCAAUGUAGAUUUAAUAUAGAAAAUAAGUUUUAUGUUAUUGUAGCGAGAGUAGACUUCGUAUCGAGGCUCAAUUUAGGUGAUUAAUUGGAGUUUCUCCGAGUGUAUUAUUGUUUUUCAUUAGUUAUUGUAUAUACCGUAAAAUAGUCAGAGCGAACGUCGAGAGAACAGCCGUAUAAUAAGCUCACAAUUUUGCGAUUAUCGACGUUCUAUCGAAAUCAGGAAUCAUUCAGUUGAAAAAUCAUUCGAGUCCGCAGAAUUACUUUGCCUACAAAUGAACAAUGGAAAUUAUUAGAACUUUUGUACAUCAAUUUUUUAAUUAAGUAAACACUUUUCUUACAAUUUUUUCCAUUUUUUCUAAAUAAAAUCAUUCGAAAAUGAGCGGAAUUUCACGUUCAUGUGGAACUUAAAGAAAAGCUCUGACGCUCAACAAAUAAAAAAAAAAACCCAAGGACUUGGAUCCUUUUUCAUUCAAUUCGGAUGAUUCCUCGUGGGCAACAACGACACCGCCAUUUUUUACGAGCUCAUGAGUAUUCUUGGAGUAGAAAAAUGUCUCUCGAAAAGUAAAUAAUAAAUUUGGAGAGCGAAAGAAGAAUCGCCACAUCUUCGUAACAUUUUUUUUUGCACAUUAUUAUUGUGCAGAAAACCCACCGAAUGAG